AUGACCACACUCACGAUGAUGACGUGCCGUCUGCUGUGCGCCCUGCUGGUGCUAGCCCUGUGCUGCUGCCCGUCCGUGUGCGCGACAACGAGUAGUGGCAAUCAAAAAGCGGCCAACGUUUCAACGUCCCCUCAGUCACAGGGAGCAGGUGGUCAAGGCACGUCAGGUGGCUCAGCGUCGCAAAGUACGUCCAGUAAAGAACACACAGGAAGUGGGAGCAAAACGUCACAAGGAUUAAGUUCCGGGAACGGUACUGCACAAAAUCCAGAUGAAAAUGGAGCGGUAGGGUCAAAAAAUCCGGACGGUGAGGGAGCCGCUCCGGCAGGGAAUUCAAAUACCGAAGGUACGGAGUCUAUUCCAAAGGAGGGAGCAGAUGGGUCCGAUGGGUCAGGGUUGUCAGGUGGGUCAGUUAGCCCAAACACAUUGUCAAGUUCCGUGACCGCUUCUGUACCGGCACAAAGUCAGAAGGAAAAUGCGCCAACAACAACCACGACUACGACAGAAGCACCAACUACCACCACCACUACGACUACGGAGGCGCCAACUACAACGACCACCCGCGCACCGUCACUUCUUCGCGAAAGCGACGGCAGCCUCAGCAGCUCUGCGUGGGUGUGUGCCCCGCUGCUGCUCGCCGUAUCCGCGCUGGCGUACACCACUCUGGGCUGA